CUCCAUUUUUAACUAUAUUGUCCGCUUUGGGCCAAACCUACACGGAUUUACUUUUCGGUAUCCUCCCCCAAAAGUACUCGUACUAAUUGAGUUUGGUAGACACUAAUAUACAAGGGUUCAUUCGUUUGUAUUUAUGAUUUGGUACUUAGAUUGUCUCAUAACAUGUUGGAUUCGUGGAUCCAAGUGGCAUCUAACUUUUGGAUCAUUUUUAAAAUUUUACGAAAAUGGUACUAAAUUAAGUGGCAUACUAAAAAAAAUAGGUACUAAAAUGUAGUUUUAAAAUGAUAUUAUGUGUAAAAAAUAAUUUAUAGAUACAAAAAAUUAAAAUAUGAAAACUAUAUAUAUAUAUAUGGUGACAUCUUCGGUGCACUCACUUUUUUGGAUGCAUUCAGUGCACUCACUUCAUAACCGUCAUUUUAAACAUGCAAUUUAUGUCAAAAUGAUGUCAAUCAUCACUUAUGAUGUGAUGAACAAUAACGCACAUGAAUUUGCACAAAAACCAUUAAAGAUUUACUUUAAUUUGAAGGAUUUGUAGUUUAGAGAUUUAGGGUUAGGGUUAGGGUUUAGAAUUUGGGGUUUAGGGAUAGAACUCAAAAUUAGAGGUCUAGAGCUUAGGGUAAUCGGCUAAUUAGUUGUUAUCAUAUGUUAUAUCAUCAUAUUACACUAAUUCUACAAAUUAAAAUUCAAAAUCCGACACCUUAAGUCUAGUUUUUUAGUUGGGUGCAUUGAACGCACUCAUUUUUGUGAGUGCGCCGAAGUAGUCACCUAUAUAUAUAUAUAUAUAUAUGGUCUCAUAAAAGCAAGAGCAAAAGUGAUAUUUCUCACAAAAAGUAAUAUAACAUGUUGAAUACUAAAAGAACUAUCACCAAAACCAAACAAUGUAAAGUACAUUAUACAUCAUUAUCCUAGCAAAGAUGGCAUCCCUCAGAUGUUUCAAUGGAUGGUCUAGCAAAGAUAAGAAAUGUGUUCUUAGUUUUGAGUAAGCAUCGACAUGUUUCCUCUUUGCCUGUACAUAUGGUUGACCACAAAACCAUUAGAGAGCUUACCUAAUCUCAUCUUCGAGAUCACAUGAGAUAUGGGAUGAAUAAAUUGUUAAUAAAGGAAAGGGCAUCUGAUCCGCUGUCCAUGUGAUGAUGCAACUUGAAAAGUGGAUUCAAAUGGAGAUCUUUCAGUUUUCACUUUCAGAAAAACAGUGAGCAAAUUAACCGGGGGAAAAUUCAACUCCGUGUUCGGUUUGGCAAUCCAACGUCUACCGUCCGAUCCACCAACCGUCCGUCCAUCUCGCCGGCGGCCGGUCAAACAACAAAACGAACACAAGAAAACAGGGUACAGUUGGCGCCGGGCUAUUCCCCCACUCCCUCUGCAUUUAAACACUCGCCACAGGGGGAGAAAAAACGCGUAUAUUCUCCUCCUUCGCCACAGCCCGUAUUCUAUUCCUCUCAAUCCUCGCCAGCCGCCGCCAUUAUCUCUAGUUUCUCUGCUCUAUAAAUUGGAUUUAGAAUCGUAGCCGGCGCAUAUCCUCUCCUUACCCAUUUCCCCAUCCCCUGUUUCUAUCUUUAACCCUUUUUUGAGUUUUUUUCCUCUCACUCUGUUUUUCUCGACCGCGAAAUUUUUUUGACUUUGGAAGCAGCUUGCGCUGUAUUCCACUAUAUAUUUAAUCGUUGUCCCCCCUCCAUUUUGGGAUCCGUCUCUUGGUGGGUCUCUCUCUCCUGGGAGGAGAAUCGGGCGAUCUCUGAGCUCCAAUUCCCAGCUGGUCAAGGUGCGUAGCUUUUCAAUCUUAUCUCUUUUACUUUGACAUUUCUUGUCCAUUUUUCUGUUGGGUUUGUUGAAUCUGUGAAGAGAUUUGGUUUCUGGGUUUCGGUCUGUUGUUAGGAAAGUUUAGGGCUUUGUCGUGAUUCUGGCCUUAGAUUUGAAUCUGCGAUGGGUUAGACAGAUUUAGGGAUAUGUUUGAACCUGAAUUUGUCGAUUGAUUUAGGGGGUUGCUCUUAAUGUUGACAGGGGAGGGGGAAAAGAUGGCAGAGACUCAACCAAACAAACCCUUGAUCCAGCCAUCAUCGUCUCGAAAGCUCCCAGAUUUCAAGAAAUCGGUGAAGCUGAAAUACGUGAAGCUCGGUUACCACUACCUCAUCACUCAUGGCAUGUACCUCUGCCUUUCCCCACUAGUAGUCAUUCUCGCAGCUCAGCUCUCGACUUUCUCCUUCGAAGAUCUCCGCGACUUAUGGGAACAUCUCCAGUACAAUCUCAUCUCCGUGAUUGUGUGCUCAACCCUGAUGGUCUUCCUCUUCACACUCUACUUCAUGACACGCCCUCGACCAGUCUACCUCGUCAACUUCUCGUGUUACAAGCCGGAUGAAUCGCGCCAAUGCACCAAGAAGAUCUUCAUGGAUCGAUCUCGUUUGGCUGGAUCGUUCACCGAGGAGAGCCUCGAGUUCCAGAAGAAGAUCCUGGAACGAUCUGGGUUAGGCGACAACACUUAUCUCCCAGAUGCUGUCUUGACAGUCCCUCCAAAUCCGUCCAUGGAAGAAGCGAGGAAAGAAGCCGAGGCGGUGAUGUAUGGAGCUAUUGAUGAGCUUCUCGCGAAGACUGCGGUUAAUCCGAAAGAUAUUGGGAUUUUGAUCGUGAAUUGCAGCUUGUUUAACCCUACACCGUCGCUAUCAGCAAUGGUGAUCAACCAUUACAAGCUUCGUGGUAACAUUGUGAGCUACAAUCUUGGUGGGAUGGGAUGCAGUGCUGGUCUGAUCUCCAUUGCUCUUGCUCAAGAUCUUCUCCAGGUCCAUCCCAAUUCAUAUGCUUUAGUCAUAAGCAUGGAGAACAUCACCUUGAAUUGGUACUUUGGGAAUGAUAGAUCGAAGCUUGUUUCGAACUGCUUGUUUAGAAUGGGAGGUGCUGCGAUUUUGCUAUCCAACAAGAGAUCAGAUAAGAGGAGGUCCAAGUAUGAGUUAGUUCAUACAGUUCGCACUCAUAAAGGUUCUGAUGAUAAAUGCUUCUCGUGUGUCACUCAAGAAGAGGAUGCUAAUGGCAAAGUCGGUGUUACUCUGUCCAAAGAUCUUAUGGCAGUGGCAGGUGAUGCAUUGAAGACUAAUAUUACUACUUUGGGACCUCUCGUGCUUCCAAUGUCGGAACAGCUUCUUUUCUUUGGUACAUUGGUAGGGAAGAAGGUUCUGAAGAUGAAGAUUAAGCCAUACAUUCCUGAUUUCAAGCUGGCAUUCGAGCAUUUCUGCAUCCAUGCUGGUGGGAGAGCAGUGUUGGACGAGUUGGAGAAGAACUUGCACUUAUCCGAUUGGCACAUGGAGCCAUCGAGAAUGACUCUGUACCGCUUCGGUAACACCUCGAGCAGCUCGCUGUGGUAUGAGCUGGCUUAUUCAGAAUCUAAAGGAAGGAUUAGGAAGGGAGACAGGACGUGGCAGAUCGCAUUUGGUUCGGGUUUCAAGUGCAACAGUGCGGUGUGGAAGGCUUUGAGGACUAUUAACCCUGCAAAGGAGAAGAACCCAUGGAUGGAUGAGAUCGACAACUUUCCGGUCGAUGUUCCUAAGGUGUCAACUAUUGGUUAGGGAUUUAGGAUCCAGAUUAAUGUGACUUUAACAAUCUUGGAGGGGAGAUGAGGAGCUUGAGUUGAGCGACUGUAUUGAUUUUAAGGGGCGUUAUUCGUUUGGCACAUUCAGGCUUAAGACUGGCUAACUACAUGGCCAUGAGUAGCUGAGUCUAGAGUCCUGAUUGACAUGUUGGUCUUUUUUGAGGAUCUGUAACUUGGCUUCAUUUGUUGGGAUUCCCACUUGGCUUCUACUUUGGUUUCAACUUGAAUCAAUGAUGAUCUUUGUUUUCUCAAAAUCAUGCUCUGCUAAUUAGUAGCUAAUUCAAGUUUCAAUGCUGUCAUGAACCCUGGAUUAUACCCAGGCAAAUGCACCUCCUGGGAGUUCUAUUUCAAGGUGUUUAGGUCGCAGAACUUGGUCAUAGAACAUGGCAUCGGAUAUCUGACAUUGAGUGAUUUUUUUCACAUUCCACCGCCUGCUCAAACCACUCUUAAUGGAUUGGAUUCGAUUAGUCUGAAUCGUUACCCAUUCAGAAAACAGAAACAGUGGCUUCACCACUGGACCAAUAAAUGAACAUACCUCGUACUGUCGUACAUUCUAAUGGUAAUAGCAGCAACAAUUGGAACCUCGGAGAAUUAAAUCAUCAUCUCACUAAGCAAAUGAGAAACGAGGCAAACUGAAUUAGCUUAAAAGUAACAAUGAUCCAGCAGCAACCAAAUCAACCUAACAAGAUACAGAAGUCUGACAUUUUCCAUGACUAACUCUCUAAACAUCAGAAGACAAUCUCAGGUGUGUUAGCAAGCAGGAAACCUGCUGCUUCUACAGAAGUUCUCUAUUCUUUGGAUGAUUUGUUGAUUAGGGACUUGUGGAUGUGAGGAAUGACUCCACCGCCAGCAAUGGUGCCCUUGAUUAGGGUAUCGAGCUCUUCAUCACCACGGAUUGCUAGCUGCAAGUGCCUUGGAGUUAUACGUUUCACCUUCAGAUCUUUGCUUGCGUUCCCAGCCAAUUCCAGUACUUCUGCAGUCAGAUACUCGAGAAUAGCAGCAGAAUAGACAGCAGCUGUAGCUCCAACCCUCCCGUGAGCUGUUGUCCUUAGUUUCAGGAGGCGAUGGAUGCGGCCCACUGGAAACUGUAAGUUAUCCAACAAAGGCAAAAUUGACCAUUGAAGCCAGUUUCUCACAUUUCAAUCAAUUAAGGCAAGUAAUAGACACAGGACACAUAACAGACGAAAAAACUAUCCUGAAAAACAUGCAGUGGCAAGUGAACAAUGAGGGCGCUAUAAAACGAAAUGAGUCGCAACAGAACAAGCACCGGAAAACUGCCUCGGGUUACUUUAAGAAAUUCGACCUAAAUAGACUCACACAACACGGCUAGUUCACACUUUCUCAGUGUUCCCCCGCGUAUGGCAUUCACAUAUCAAGGUCUUUCGGGGAAAAAGUCGAUUCAAAAUCUCAAGGAUAUAAGCAACACCUACAGUAAGUUGAAAGAAUCCAAUCACUUAAAAGAACACCCAACUGCCACAUUGUAGGGGGGAAAAAAAUCAUCAUACUUUAAACAAAAAUUGCAACUGUGCACGCAGUAGUAGUUUACAUUCCACAUACUCGACAAAUGAACAAAGCCGCUAGAAGGAGAUUUUAACCGACUCUGCAGCUUGGGAAAUUCUGUACAUCAAACUAACAUGCUAACCAACUAUGUUUCUUGAUCAUAUGGGAAAGGAAAUGAUAAAGGGUAAUAAGGACAGCAUUAUUCA